AUGGCGGGCUUAGACUUAGGCUCUGCUUCUCACUUUGUUCAUCAACUUCAGCACCGUUCCGUGGAUCUACACCUGCAGCAUCCGACGGAUGUAGACGACGGUUCCGACCACCAACCCAACUCCGGCGGCGAGAUCGUCGCCCGGCGGUCCAGAGGCAGACCGUCCGGUUCUAAAAAUAAACCGAAGCCACCGGUUAUUAUUACCAGAGAAAGUGCUAAUACUCUUCGGGCCCACAUCUUGGAAGUCAACACCGGUUGCGAUGUCUUCGACUCCGUCGCCACUUAUGCCCGGAAGCGCCAGCGUGGCAUCUGCAUCUUGAGUGGCACCGGCACCGUCACCAACGUUACCUUACGGCAACCUGCAUCGGCCGGCGCAGUUGUCACUCUUCCUGGCAGGUUUGAGAUAUUGUCUUUAUCGGGAUCGUUCUUGCCGCCACCGGCUCCACCAGGAGCUACGAGUUUGACUAUCUUCCUUGCGGGCGGGCAAGGACAAAUUCUCGGAGGGAAUGUAGUUGGGUCUUUGAUUGCUUCUGGACCGGUGAUCGUCAUUGCGUCGUCGUUUACCAAUGUUGCUUACGAGAGGCUACCGUUGGACGAGGAGGAACAACCGUCCAACGGUGGUGGUGCGAGCCUUAGCAACCCGUUUCCGGACCCGUCGGUCGGGUUUCCAUUGUUUAAUCUGCCGUCGAACAUGGCGGGGAAUCAAAAUCAGCUACCGGUGGACGGAUGGGGUGGAGGGAACUCCGGUGGGAGAGCAUCUUAUUGA